AUGGAUCGGGGAGCGAAUGGCGGUGGCACCGCUUCCCUCGAAGACCAACGAGCCCUGCAAUUGGCGUUAGAAUUAUCUAUGCUUGGUCUCGAGGGUACUCCCGGAUGCCCGGGCACUGGCACAGGAACCGGCACCGGAACGGCCAACGAUCCGGAUCCUUUGCAAACGACACCGGCAGGCGUUUUCGAGGAGGCACGUUCGAAGAAGAGCCAGAACAUGACGGAGUGCGUGCCGGUGCCUAGCAGCGAGCACGUGGCAGAGAUCGUCGGCCGACAAGGUAAGAGCACGAACAUAACCUCCAUUUCUCGCGAAAUUUCGCCAGACUUUCUUCUCUUUCGUUCGUCGAGACAUUUUCAAAGUAAUCGCGUAUUGAACGCUUAAAUUAAACGCGUUCCCGACGAGAAACGUUGAUAACGGUUUAUCGAUCAACGAUCAAUUUUACAAUCGAACAUCAAACGCAGAGAGAUGCUGCUACGUGUUUCGACGAGUCGUGAUUAUACACCGAGAGCUUGGCGCAAGGUCCUUGGAGUCGUUCGAAUCGCGUACAACCGAGCGUCAACAAUGACGCUCGUUGUACUUCUUAAUAUAUCGGUAUAAAUAGAAAUUCCGCAUAUACGUUGAAAACCUUUCUUAUAAUCGAUACACAGUUCGAUUCACCGUGUCUGAAAUAUUUUUUCCAAUUCAAUAAAUAUCGAAACGUUCGUCGGCAAUGUCGGUGUGUUACGUUCUAGUCGCACUCCGUUUUCCUACUCCGUUUACGUAAGCUGAAUUCACAUGGUACGUUGCUUUGCAACGUUCCUCGUUGCCGGAAUCUGUCGCGUACAGCACCACUGACAGUUCAUUGGCACGAGCGUGUGAGUGUGGCGCGAGAAACGCGGUAUCAAGUAAUGGUGCAAUUAAACCAAUCUAACUUCGAAAAGCAAAUUUAUUUUGAAGCCCGAUGGAACGUCGUGCAGUGAACCCUGUCGUAGGUCGUGGUCGUUCGUCGACUACCUUCCGUGAUCAGCUUAGUUACGAUCUUCUACGUUCCAUACGUAUCAAAAAAAAAAAAAAAAAAAAAAAGAACAAGUAGAUGAAAGAUGGGAGAAAGAAGAGGAACAAAAAGAUGCAUAUAAAAAUAUGCUUAAUUUACAAUCUGUUUGCUGCAUUGGCUAUAAAACCUCGUAAAAAAAACGAUUAUUUACACCUCACGGUUGAUUGAGACUGAUGACAUUUUCAUAGUUUUCGCAUGCAAACGUUUCGUGAAACAGAAAAAAUCGAGCGCGUCGUUCUUUUAUCUGUGCCGCAACCGUGUUCUUUUCUUUUUUUUCUUCUUCUUCUUUUACACUUAAGUUUCCGAGAAAGGUGUCAAGAAUAGCGACGUCAUACUUUGUCAGAGAACGACACUGCGACAUCUAGAAAUUCGCAUGGCGCGCGUUAAUGGAUAUAUAUCGUGGCAGAUAAAAAGUAUUCCAUUGCUCGAGGAGCAUUACUCUAUCGCUGAUGAAUUUGUUUGAUCGCGUGUAUGUUCGAUCUAUUGGUGGAUCGUAUCGUACCCGUUUCUUUAAAUGAUAAUUAUAUUGUUACCUAGUAUUCGCAAUUCGACAAUAUUUACAAUGGUUGAGAGCCAAGUUACUUGCCAGAGGACACACCGUGUCGACGACCGUUAAAACCUAG